AAAAUCAUGACGUUGUUACCACCAACGCCGGCGCAACAGAAACGGAUGGACAAGGAGCUCCCACCUGAUCCGGAAAUGAGAGAACAGGAUAUCAGAGCGCUUCGAGAAUGGCUAUCUAAGCAACCGCACUUGCCAAAUCACAUAGACGAUGGCAAGCUGGGGCGAUUUCUUUACAACUGCAAGAACAACGUCGAGAGAUGUAAAUUAUUACUGGAAAGAUAUUAUACCGUUCGAACAUCCUUGCCGGAAUUUUUCACUGUUCGCGAUCCGCUGUCUCGGGAUAUUCAAGACUCCGUUGGCGUAGUAGACUACUUCGUGUUGCCAUCGUUAACCGAGGAAGGAUAUCGUGUCAGCAUCUUCCGGUUACGCGACACCAACGUGGAGAAAUUCUCGUUUCAAGCGAUAGUCAAACGUAUUUUAAUGAUACUUGAUGCUCGUUUAUGGGAGGAAUCCUGCUUGUCCAAUAUUAUGAUCAUAGAUCUUGAGGGAUGUAGCACGGUACAUUUGGCAAAAUUUAUUCCGACACAAUCUAUCGUAAGACGGGCGAUGUUGGCAGUGCAAGAUAGCAUGCCUUUCCGAUUGUCCAGCGUUCACUUUCUUAAUGCACCAUCGUUCAUUACUAAUAUUGUCAAUAUACUUUAUCCACUCUUGAAAGAAAAACUGAUUCAGAAGUUUCACAUACAUAAUGGCGACGGAGAGGAAUUAUACGCUUAUAUGGAUAGAGAUAUACUUCCCAACGAAUGGGGUGGCAAAGCAGGCACGUUUCAAGAAUUAAAUGCUGCGUGGCAAGAAAAAAUUGAAAAGAACAGAGAUUGGUUUCUGCGGGACGAGAAACUGAGUCGUACGAACGAGAAGGCUCGUUUACCAGAAUCGAAGAGGUACCGUCUUCUAAUGGAACUUGAAGGAACUCAGGGUUCAUUUCGAAAAUUAAACAUAGAUUAAUGCUAUUUUUAUUAUCAAAAGCAUAUUCUUACAUCAAUGGAUCGAAGCUUUUAUUGAUCUUCAAAACUAUUUUUUAAUCCGAUUAAAUUGCAGAUUAUAGUUAUUAGAGAUUAUAAUUUAUGCAGAUUAUAGUUUUUGACAACUUGCAGAAAAAUGUGAAAUCGUAUAUGUAUAUGGCGAUUUUUACAAUAGUAAUGAUAGCUCUGGCAGUAAUUUUAUAUAAUUUUAUAUUUAUAAAAAUGUAAAUUAUAAUUAAAAAUGAAGUAAAAUAAAAUUAAAAUUAUACAUCACAUAUA